UGCUUUCGUUAUGUCAAAUUAAAAAAAAUAACAAUCGGAAAUAAAAAUAAUAUAAAUAUAAAUAUUAAAAUAAAAUUGCUACAUAAAUUUUGAUAUUUAUUGAAAUAUGGAAUCGUCAGCUUGCGAAGAUCUCAAAGCAUUUGAGCGAAGGUUAACAGAAGUAGUAGCAUCAUAUUAUCCAUCGACAAUCAGAUGGAGAAUUCUGUUAGCAAUAGUUUCAAUUUGCACGGCAACUGGAGCUUGGUAUUGGCUACGGGAUCCAAAUACUUCAAUAUUACCAUUACCAGAAUCCCUCUGGUAUCAUCCUGUUUUUUUUUGUGCUACCUUAUCUCUCAUAAUUUUGUUUUUAUUUGGAAUACAUAAGCUUGUAAUUGCACCGCAAAUCAUAACAUCUAGAAUGAGAUCGGUUUUAGCUGAUUUUAAUAUGAGUUGUGAUGACACCGGAAAAUUAAUACUAAAGCCUCGACCUAAUAAUUAGCUAAAAUUAAACUUAGUUAUAAUAUUACUCAAUAUUAAUUUAAAUUAAAAAUGUGGAAAGUAAAAUAAACAUAAAUCUUAGGAAUUUGUAAUUUUCAUUUAAUAAAAUAUAGCGUAGUAAAUA